AUGGAGAAACAGCCACCUACUAACUACGACGGCGCCCAGACGACAGGCGUCCGCGUCAAUGACCCCAGCGCAGAUGGCCUGGAUCGCGACCGGGCGUACGAUUCCGGGUUCAAGUACCAGAUCCCCGAAGCGGGACAGCAAAAUAGCAGCGAGCCCAGCUAUCAACCCCAUGCCGCAGUUGGGGCAGACAGACCCCAAACUGCAGGCGGAGAUAUAGGCGAGACCCUCGGCGGCGGGGUAAGGGGAGUUUUCGCAGGGGUCCAUGGCGCUGGCGAGUGGCUGCGUGGGGGACUCAACUCUGCAGUCGACCGCACCUUCGGCAGCGACGAAGGGGCGACGAGGAACGACGCCAUUGCGCGCGCCGGCCAGGAGCAGAUCAGAUCGGGCAAGUUCAGUGGCGAUACCCACGCAAACAAGUAA